ACCGGUCGAGGAAACGAGUGGUCAGGGUUUUGUCCUUCCUCGCCAAGGUCGAGUGAGGUCUCCAACUCUCCAUUACAUACUUCCCCACCCAUCCACCAAAGGCGCAGAGAGGGGAGAAGAAGAAGAAGAAGAAGCGGAGGGGGAGGAAGAUGCCUUGCCUGAACGUGUCGACGAACGUGAACCUGGAGGGGGUGGACACCUCCGCCGUCCUCGCCGACGCCUCCAGCACCGUCGCAACCAUCAUCGGCAAGCCGGAGGCCUAUGUGAUGGUUGUUCUCAAGGGUUCAGUGCCCAUGGCAUUUGGAGGUACCCAGGAGCCUGCAGCCUACGGCGAGCUGGUUUCCAUCGGAGGGCUGAACGCUGAUGUGAACAAGAAGCUGAGCGCCGGCAUUGCUUCCAUCCUGGAGUCAAAGCUGUCCAUCCCCAAGUCCCGCUUCUACCUCAAGUUCCACGAUUCAAAGCGCUCAGACUUUGGAUGGAAUGGAUCCACCUUUUAGACGCAUCAUAUGGCAUGGAGCCUUGCAUGAACUCCAGAGUUCCUAAUAUUCUGUCCAUUGCCUAUUUAAGGAGAAACUGCUGCAGUAAGACAUCGUGUCAGUUUAAUGGCCAGUGUUUAUGAGUGCCGGAGUACUUGUGUGAUCUAGUUGGUUUGGUUUCGGACUUGCCAUGGCAAGGGAAUGUUGCAACUGCUUGGUUCGAUUCGUAAUCAUGAACCCUUUGUGGUGUCC